CAGCUCACACAAUAAAAACGAUUUUCCUUCUUUCAGCGAAACUCUUUCGUACUAGCGUAGUACAUAUAAUCCAAACAAUGCAAGCCCCAAAUUGCCCGGGUACCCCCAUCAUUUUUCCUCUCGUAGGCGAGACCUUCAUCCCAAAUUUUUACUUCGCCAUUCAACAGCAGUUCGAUAGGCGCCAACAGGGUCCUGUUUUUCUAGUUUCGAAGUGUUGAGAGCUUGAACAUGGAGACGAGUCCCGCCGGCGAAGAACCCACUUCGUGGGACGAACUGUACAACAUCAAUUUGAUGCCCUCCGAGUUGUUCCUCAAGUUUCGGAAAGAAAUUCAGGGAAUCCGAGUCGGUGUUAAUCUGGAGUUUUACAAUGCUCCAAGGAAUGAUUUUCAAACAAAGCUUGUGUUCAAGCCUCUAUCCCCAGAUCGUCGGUGGAAGUUUGUCUAUGAACCUAUACAUCAAGAUGUGCGCAUUCUCUCGAAAAAGAUUCCUGUCACAAAAUUCUUAAAUCUUCAGGUUGGUGUAGGCCACAAUUUUCAGUUAAAUGCAAUUGGUUGGAAAUGGAAGCUCACCACAUGUUUGGGUGGAGAUGGUGUAUCUCGAAUUAGAAAUAAGACCACUCUUGGACUUUGUCCAGGUGUAGAUUUUCGAUUUGGGUGGAGGGCUGAUUAUGUUCUUCCAGAAAUCACGGGGGGUCUUGGUUCUGAUGAGCCACUAUUCAACAUGAACUCUGGGCGGUUGCAAGCAUCGCUAGAUAGAGUGGAAGCCAUUUUAAGCUAUCCAGAUACUGUUUAGAGGAUAUUGGUGAAGAGAUGUACAGGUGCUCGGUGUCCUGGUGCUGUUCACCAAAGAAAGGCUUGACCUUUCGUCGCUGAGAUCACAGAGAGACCCGAAAGAGGCCGAAGUCCUGGUGAGGCUGGAGUGUGGGGUUUUGAUGGCUAUGCUGUUGAUAGAGUUGGUGGUGUUGGUGUUACGGGCACUGUGCACAGUUGCUGGGUAAGGGAGUACGAAGGGUUGGGCACAGAGAAGGACAUGGAGGAGAAGAAGUGGAGCAUGAGGAUCGCAAAAGUGGAGGAUCGUGAUUUUCCUAAGCUAAUGAGAUGAUGGUAAAUUUCUUAUCGGAUCGUUAUUUUACUAUCUACACUAGUAAAAUUUUAAAGAACUUGGUAACUUACUAAUUUAUUGGAAUGUUGGUAACUUCUUUAUAGUGUCAGUAGUUCACUAACCACACUUAUAAAAUGCGAAAGAAAUCGCCAACUUACUAAUUUAGCUUAAUUUCUUUCGCAUGUUGAUAGUUGACUAAACACUUGUAAAAUGUGGAAUAAGUCGGCAAGUUACUAUUUUAUUAGGACGUGAACAAAUUUGUUAAGGUGAAAAGAGCAUAAUUUGGGUAAAUUCUAUCUACAGGUAACUUUCGAGUCUCGUUGACUUCAGAUUUGUGGAUUAGCCAAAUGAAGUCUGCCUUUAGUCUUGUCACAGGCCAUUGGAUAGGGCAGAUUGGGUGUUACACCAUCAAACUUUGUCAUUUAAGAAGUAUCCAUAUUUGCACAAAUCAGACAAUGUCUGUGCUGAAAGCACAAGAACUGUGACUGAGCAGUCCUAAGAUUCUCUCACUCAAGUUUUCCUCACUGUUAGAGUAAGAAAACCCGGCAGGAUUUACAGGUGAACUAGCCAAUAGAAAUAAAAAUUUACUCGAGGCUUGAGGAA